AGAAAAUCCCGACCCGUGUUCACACUUGGCUCGUUUCUCCCCCCCCCCCCGCCUCAAACCUCGGAGGAGGAGAGAAACGGCGAAGGCCAGAAGGAGACGAAGAAGAGAGGUAUUUGCUUUAGGAUCUGUUGCUUAUAUGAGGUACUGAUAUAGAUAUUAGUAAAGUACCUUGCACAUGGCUUCGGUGAGCUUGGCACCCUCGUCGGGGUUGAAAAAUAAUGAUGGUACUAGUAUUUGCGUGGAUAGUUUGCCAGAUGAAUUGAAUGAUAUGAAAAUAAGAGAUGAUAAGGAAGUGGAAGCUACUGUAAUUGAUGGUAAUGGGACAGAGACAGGCCAUAUAAUUGUGACAACUAUAGGUGGCAGAAAUGGCCAACCCAAACAGACUAUAAGUUACAUGGCUGAACGUGUUGUUGGGCAUGGAUCAUUUGGAGUUGUAUUCCAGGCAAAGUGUCUUGAGACGGGUGAGACAGUUGCUAUAAAAAAAGUUCUUCAAGACAAGAGAUAUAAGAACCGAGAGUUGCAAACCAUGCGUAUUCUUGAUCAUCCAAAUGUUGUUUGUUUGAAGCACUGCUUCUUUUCAACAACUGAAAAGGAAGAGCUUUAUCUUAAUUUGGUGCUAGAGUAUGUGCCUGAGACUGUUCAUCGAGUAAUCAAGCACUAUAACAAGAUGAAUCAGCGUAUGCCAUUGCUAUAUGUGAAGCUUUACAUGUAUCAGAUUUGUAGAGCAUUGGCUUAUAUUCAUGGUUGCAUUGGGGUGUGCCACAGGGACAUAAAACCACAAAAUCUUCUGGUCAACCCACAUACACACCAGCUGAAACUCUGUGACUUUGGGAGUGCCAAAGUUUUGGUGAAAGGGGAACCAAAUAUAUCGUACAUUUGUUCAAGAUAUUAUCGAGCACCUGAACUUAUAUUUGGUGCCACCGAGUACACAACAGCAAUUGACAUAUGGUCAGCUGGCUGUGUUCUUGCUGAACUCCUCCUUGGACAGCCUCUCUUUCCUGGUGAGAGCGGAGUUGAUCAACUUGUAGAAAUUAUCAAGAUUUUGGGUACCCCAACAAGAGAAGAAAUUAAAUGCAUGAACCCCAAUUAUACAGAGUUCAAGUUUCCACAGAUCAAAGCUCACCCAUGGCACAAGGUUUUUCAUAAAAGAAUGCCACCUGAAGCAGUAGAUCUCGUCUCUAGGCUUCUUCAGUAUUCUCCAAACUUGAGGAGCACUGCUUUGGAGGCAUUGAUUCACCCGUUUUUUGAUGAACUUCGAGAUCCAAAUGCUCGUUUACCAAAUGGUCGUUAUCUACCUCCUCUCUUUAACUUCAAGCCUCAUGAGUUAAAGGGAGUUCCGAUGGAGAUUGUGCUAAAGUUGAUCCCUGAGCAUGCAAGACAGCAAUGUGCCUUCUUAGGACUAUGAUCUGUUUACUCAAUAUUGCUAAGAAAUAGCGCAUGUGUCCUUGCCAGGUAUAAGAAAUAUACUUUCCUCUUAAUUCUAUGAAUGUUGUGCAUGUACCUCUUGAAUCCAUAUAUCUUAAUUAUUGUUAGUCAUUGUCA